AUGCUCAUUGCAAAAUGCGCCGGUAAGAGCACAGUUGCUCAAUACCUGAUAGACCACCACGGCUUCAAGAAGCUGCAUCUAGAAGCCCCAAAGCCGGCUCCUCAGGUCAACGGCAAUGACAAUGGCAAUGGCAAUGGGACGUCAUCUACAUCCACUUCUGCGUCCGACGCAAACACAGCAGCAGAUACACCGGAUCACUCAAGGCAGGAGCAGAGCAACCUCCCGCUACGUCUGAAGCAAACCAGGACGCCGGAGUCAUCAUCACCACACACCUUCGCCACCGCAACAGCCCUGCUGGACUUCGUGACCAAGCACUGGCGCUCCGGCUGGGUGACGACAGACAUCCACGACGAGGCAGUCCUGGACGCCCUCAGCCGGCGGCCCUUCUUCAUCCUCAUCAGCGUGGACGCGCCCCUGACAGUGCGGUGGCGGCGGCGGCAACAGAAGCAGCAACAACAGCAGAACAUACAGAACCAGAACCAGACCCCUGCGCCCAUCACCCUCGAAGACUUCGUCACGCAGUCCGACGCGCACCUCUACGCGCCCACAACCGGCGUCCUCCCCCUAAUCAGCCGCGCCACGGUCCGCCUCCUCAACACCUCAACCUCCCUAGCGCACCUCUACGCCACGCUCGGCAAGCUCGACCUUACGAACCCGGACCGGCUACGCCCAAGCUGGGACAGCUACUUCAUGUCCCUCGCCUCCCUAGCAGCGCAGCGCUGCAACUGCAUGAAGCGCGCCGUAGGCUGCGUGCUAGUAGACGCCAGGCACCACGUGAUCAGCACGGGCUACAACGGCACGCCGCGGAAUCUGCGGAACUGCUCUGACGGCGGGUGCGCUCGCUGCAACGCCGGCGAGGCCGGGUCCGGCAUCUCGCUCGCCACCUGCCUAUGCCUGCACGCCGAGGAGAACGCCCUGCUCGAGGCCGGGAGGGAGCGCAUCCGCGACGGGAGCGUCCUGUACUGCGACACCUGCCCCUGCCUCACCUGCAGCAUCAAGAUCGUCCAGGUCGGCAUCCGCGAGGUCGUCUACAGCCAGGGCUACAGCAUGGACGGCGACACGGCCCGCGUCUUCGGCGAGGCCGGCGUCAAGCUGCGCCAGUUCUCGCCCCCGGCGAAUGGGUUGAUACAUUUGGAGAAGAUGGAACUCUACUAG